CUCCUACAGACAUUCAGACAUGUGCAACACUCAACGCACUGUCGAUAUUACAUAGACCCGAAAUAAAAGCUCCUUGUCCAAAAACUUCAUUCACCCUCUCAUCGUUAUCUUCAUUUGGAAACAACUAAACAAUAUUCUGUUUUAUUAAUAUUUUCGCCUAUUUAAAAAUUCAAUUAGAAUAGUGUAUCCCUCUUCUCUAUUCCUUCAAGCCAACUAAAACUACAUUGCGUGACUUCUUCUGUAACCAUUUUUCUAUUCCGAUCAAACCAUGGCGUAUUUAGCUCCGAUUUCUUCAUCCUUAUCCAUAUUCAAGAAUCCCCAACUCUCAAGAUUCCAAUUUUCUUCUUCCUCACCGAACCCACUUUUCCUUCGACCUAGGAUUCAGAUUCUGAGUAUGACCAUGAACAAGUCGCCGUCUUUAGUGGUGGUUGCGGCUACUACUGCGGCAGAGAAGCAGAAGAAGAGGUAUCCUGGAGAAUCAAAGGGUUUUGUGGAGGAGAUGAGGUUUGUGGCUAUGAGACUUCAUACUAAAGAUCAAGCUAAGGAAGGUGAGAAAGAGACUAAAUCUAUUGAGGAACGUCCUGUUGCUAAAUGGGAACCUACUGUUGAAGGUUACUUGAGGUUUCUUGUGGAUAGUAAAUUGGUUUAUGAUACUCUUGAACUGAUUAUUCAAGACUCCAAUUUCCCAACUUAUGCCGAGUUCAAGAACACGGGGCUGGAAAGAGCGGAGAAAUUAUCCACGGAUUUGGAGUGGUUCAAGGAACAAGGUUACGAGAUUCCAGAACCAACAGCUCCUGGUAAAACAUAUUCUCAAUAUUUAAAGGAAUUAGCAGAGAAGGAUCCUCAAGCAUUCAUUUGUCACUUCUACAACAUCUACUUUGCUCAUAGUGCUGGUGGACGAAUGAUUGGCAGAAAGGUGGCAGAGCGGAUACUCGAUAAUAAAGAACUCGAGUUCUACAAAUGGGACGGCGAACUUUCUCAAUUGUUGCAGAACGUUAGGGAGAAACUGAACAAGGUUGCAGAGGAGUGGACUAGAGAAGAAAAGAAUCAUUGUUUGGAAGAGACUGAGAAAUCGUUCAAGUAUUCUGGUGAGAUACUUCGUCUCAUAUUGUCCUGAUUUGGUGCGCAGUGUCUCUAGAUAUCUCAAUACGUCUUGUGGCAACUAAAAUGAUGCACAUUGUUUAUAUUCCUGUAUUAUAUUAAUCAUCUUCUACAUGUAUUAAACUCUUCUUUGCUUCAAAGCUGUUACUAAGUUCAAGGUUCAAAUUAAUAACUUUUCUGCCGUUUUAUAGCUCAAAUACAAGUUCAAUGAUCAGUGUACAUCUGAUAUAGCCAGAGGACUGACUCUUCUAUAUAUGUUGGAUAGAAUUCUGUGAACUUUUGACAUCUUUAUGGUUGGUCUAUAAAUGGUGAUGA